AUGCAGGAUCUUCUUUCUCUGUCGUACGCGGACUGUCACGGCGGCCACAAGGGUGCGUUACAGUCUCGUGCGCGGAGUCUUCCACGAAAAUCAAUGAAAUUCCAGUUUUUAGUGCUGCUAACAGCAUCGUUUCUGGCGCUUUAUGGAUCUGGGGGGCUGUCCACAACAGGAGCGCUUGCCGAACCUCCUGUUCAACCGGCGUGCGAAUUAGACGGCAAGAAGGCUACGUGCACGUGCAAGCAAGGGGGCUCUCCUCAGAAGCUGGAUGUGACCAUCUAA